AUGACUCUGAAACCGAGGACGGACGCCGACGAGCACGUCUUACUGUACCUGGCGUCGGAGUACGGUCCCGACGCCCGUCAACACUUGAGUGUCUCCUUGGUCGACGGCCACGUCGUCUACACUCUGAGCAACGCUAAUCAAGUCGUGGAACGGCUGAAGAGCGUACGUCUCGACGCCGGCGAAGUUGUUGAACUGGCCUUGGAAAGGUCUCCAGAGGGCCAGACGCUUCUUUCCGUCAAUGGACACGUCGCCUCUUCUGUAAGAUCUGUAGUAUAGUCGUCGAAAUCAAAUUUUCAACUGUGCGCUCGUUAAAUUUUAGACCCAUAUUUGAAUAUUUUAAAGCAUGGUUUGAGAAAGUUUGUGUUGAAUUUUCUUCAAAAUCAAUAGGGAUUUUUUUUUUUCAAAUUGAACAGCUUCUUCGAAAAAAGUUCGUUUGGUUGAAUUUUCAUUUUGACGACUAUAAUAUGUAAAGGCUUCUGAAGAAGGUAUCCUUCAGCUUCGAUUCGGAGAGGUACGGCCUGGAACGGAGAUUUUUCGUCGGUGGUCUUCCUCCUGGCAUCGAAACUCCGGAUAAUGUUGCUGAACGCUCCUUCCGAGGCUGUAUCCAACAUGUUUGCUUUUUUGCUUUAAGUUUGUUCAAAGUACCUUUUUGAAUAUAUUUUUGUCCAAUAUUGCUUAUCGUUUUUCCUUUUUCUGCAUUUUUUUUGCACCCGACCUUGAAAAAUUAUCAAUUUUCUCGCAAGGCCAGGGAUCCGCUUUUCGUGCAAUAGUUUUCGUUUCAGAUCUCGAUCAAUAACGAAGACGUGAACCUGAAGGACGCUUCCUCUUUCUCUUCCGGCGACAUCACAUCCUGUGAAGAAGCCCUAAAUGGAUCUCCCGAUGAGGAAGAUUUUGAGGCCGUUCUUCAACCAGAAGAAGAAGCCGAGCAGAUUCCUCUGACGACCGAAGAGCCUAUUGUUGUUACUACGCCAUCUACAGCGACCACGACUACAAGUACUGAAGCGCCGACUACUACUCCAACAACGACAAGGACGACGACUUCUACCUCAACCACGACUACAACUCCUCCUCCUACCACCACGGCUUCCAAAACGACCACGACGACAACGUCUACCACAACUUCUACCACAACUUCUACCACAACUUCUACCACAACUUCUACCACGACAGAAGAACCUAUCGCUACUGAGACCGUCCUGGAAGAGGAGCUUGAGCUGGAGACUACCACGACGGAGCUUCCUGAAGAAUUAGAGGAAGAAGAAACGACGACAACGACGACCACGACUACAAGCACGACGACCGAGGCUCCAACCACCACGACUGCAGAAGUUAUUCACUUCUACGAGAUUCGGAAGGACGUCGAGCCGAUGGAGAUUCUGAGAACAACUACGGAGGAGCCGGUCAAUGUGCUUCCGACGGAUGAAGACGAUGAUGGCGAAAGUAAGGAAGACUUUUAAGCUUUUCUAAGGGACUUAGAUAGCUUGAAUUUGUUUUUGAAGAUGGAAUGGGAUCUUUUUCAGCUAGCUGUCCUUCAUAGUGCACCAUCAUUUCAACAAAAAUUUUGAAUCCUUCCAAAAAUUUUGAGAUGUUAUCUUUUAAACUAUCUUUUUGCAGUAAUAGAUGACGAGGGAACCCGGGACGAGUCGGUUGAAGCCACCGAGGAGACGACGACGCCAAUUACCGAGACAAAAUGCGAUUCUGAAGGUUGGUCCCGAGGCCUUGUCAGAAAUGAGUUUUGCCAAUUCGAUUACUCGAGAAAAAAAAGUUCUAAUUAG